CGCGCGGUAAGUUCUUGCGGCAGUAUUUUAUCAUACAUUCGCGGGAGAAGAGCUUUGCAAAGUUUUGUCAGCAACGUGCAUAUCCCCCAAUGUCAAGGACUAUUUCAUUUUAUGGCAUUUAUUUGAGUUACUUGGCAGGCAGUAGCUGCGUGUUAUUAGUACAACCUUUACAGUUUGUUGGCUGUACACUACUAGACAGCUUCCUAGCUAACUAGACAGCUAACGACAUAACUGGCUAACUUUUUGCAGGAGGUCUGUCGUUUUGAUCCAACGUAUCUAAUAUGGCAACCAUUUGUCACUCAAGACGUGCCCUGGUGGAAAUCCCAGCUCCACAGCCGAAAAUUGCAGCUCGUAUGCGAAGGUCCUACCUGGAGGUUCUAAGUUCACGCAUGGCUCCAUUGUCAAACACAUCUAGAGGCAGAAACAUUACCAGCAACUCAAAACGUGGGCAUUCAUUGGACCCAGCCAUAUACAGAACAUGGAGUAGUCGGAGUGAGAGAAUGGAAGACAACCAGACACCCCUGUCCAACCAGCAGCUUGUGCAGCUCAUAAGAUCUCUCAUCCUAGUAGAACAGGGGCAGAGGCAGGAGCCCAGAGCCCUCAUUACAGACCUGAAGCCGUUACAGGAUGACUUGCACCUGAAGAAGACCAAUGUCUACAGAUCUAUACCGUACUCACGCCUGGGGUCCAACAGAGACGCACACUGUUACAGAAAGGCAUAUCCACACCUUGUGGUGUUUAAAGUUUCCUGCCAGGAGUGGGGCCAGCUGCUGCUGCAGAACCAAGAGUGGGAGUCUGCUCUGGAGCACGCCCUAGUGGCGUGGAGGUACACCAGCGAGCUGCCACAGUGGGACACCAGCAGCCACAACUCGGUGAGAGAACAGUGUUACAGCAUGCUGGCAGCACACUGUAUCACAGCUCUACAGCACUACCGCCCAGAGCCCAGCAAAGCCAGAGAGCUGCACAGGAGGUUUAAAAUGGCACAGCUGCACAGUCAGUUGAUCUCUCCUUGUAUUCAGGAGCUAGAGAGGAGCCUCGGAGAAGCACAGGUUUGUUCCAUGAACACACACUGAAAUGGCCAAACCACUGAAAUGGCCAACACUAAGAUCAGCUGACAACAAUCAGCACUGCUUCCAAGUCUACGGGGUUACACUAUUGAGCAGCGUAUAUCAGUGGUUGCCAUUCAACGAACUAUGUGUGGUAUCCUUGCCUACAGUAUUCCCCCUUGCCUACAGUAUUCCCCCAGAGUAAAUACAAGAGAAAGCUUUGAUGAAUUUUGGUAAGCUGUUUUUUUAAAUAUGAAUUUAAGCUUUUUGUAUUUAAGUUUUGUAAAAUGUGUUUGCGGAACUAUUGAAUGUUAUCAUAAGGAAAUUAUGAAAUGGCCUUUAAAAUGUUAAAUGCUGUCAUAGCGAAAUUAUUAACUGGCCUUUUCUCCCGUAGAUGUUUUAUAUGGAGGGAUGUUUUUGUUGAUGUGUUGAAAAAUUCCACGAUACUUGAAACUGCUGCCUUUUUUUCAACUUUGCUGAAUGCUUCCUGUUUUGUAAAUAUGUAUGUCUGAAAUAACUGUUGCACUGUUAUUUUCUUCAUCCUGGAAACUUGACAUUUUGAUAAAAUAUAAUCUAAUUUAAUUCUUUGUUUUUCAA